AUGGAUGCCAAGACCAACUUUGCUCGCAUUUUAUUCAGCAGUAAAUCUAAUAUAUUUCAUUGGAUUUUGAGUAGUCCGGCCAUUCAAAAAAGUCUGACCCAACAUCACGGAGUUGAUCAAUGAGUUCUUCCACGUUGGUCUCACAGUCUUCUUGGUUUUCAUAACAUAGAGGAGCAUUGGGAUGGCUCAAAAGAACUUGGAUACUUCUGGGUAAUGAUCUUCAAUAACAUAAUCAACACAUUUAUCUCUUUCGUAGUGUUCGUUCACUCAACCUGAAAGAAGAGAUGGGCUAAAAGAAGGAAGAGGAUGUCGAUGCAAGGCCCUUCUCCUGAAUUCAUCAGAUACCAGCAAAACAUUGCCAAAGUAAUACCAAGGAGGCGCCAAGAUGCUCAGGAUAUUGCAAAAGAUUUGAGGUCGUACAAAUUCAGAAACAGGACACCAAAAUCAAUUGCGGCUCCUUCGACUCUUUCAAAGCAGAGUGCUCAGUACCUUCGUCAGAAGUUCUCUCUGGACAAGCCCAGUCGGAACUUUAUGCGGUAA